AUGCGCCAGCUGUUGAGGCUGUGUCGUCCGACUGAAUUUUGCAGCAAGCUGCAGAGAGUGUCGCCGCAUGCGGCAGCAUUCCAGCUUCCAAGUCGGCGUUUCUGCGCAGUUUCGGUGGCACAAGUCAAGGAACUGAGGGAUAGAACUGGUGCUUCAAUGGGGAAGUGCAGAGAAGCCUUAAAAGAAGAGAGCGGGGAUCUCGACAAGGCAGUGGAUUGGUUGAAAAAGCGUGGUGUGCGAUCCAUGGAGAAGCGCGCGGCAGAAUCUGUGGAAGCAUUGCUCUCAUUGGGGCUGAAUCAGCACGGAGUCAUUGUGGAACUGCGGGCUGAGACGGACUUCGUCACACGAAGCGAGAUUUUCCAACAGACGUUGAGACACCUGGCAAACAUGCUUGUGGCAGCACCUGAUGUCUCGGAUGCUGGAGUGGAGGCAGUUCUGGGCAUGAGAAUAGCAGAUGGUCCAGAUCGGCCAUCGCAGUUCCGAACGGGGGCAGUUGUUUCGGAAGCGCUUCUGGAGCUCGGAAGUGUCCUUGGGGAGAAGCUGGUUCUUGCCAACGUGCAGUUCCUUGCGGCCCCUGCGCAAGGAGUUGUCGGCGGGUAUGUGCAUCCCAAAUCAGCAGACGGCUUGCCGGGCACUGGUCGGAUGGCUGGCUUGGUAGCUGUGAGGAGUGAAAGGUGCGACCCAGCUGCCUUGCAGACUAUCGCUUCGCGACUGGUGCGUGCCUUCUCCCUGCUUAACGGGCUGGUAAUGAGACAUGCUCAGGCACGCCACGUUGUGGCUGCGCAGCCACGAUUCCUGAACGUGAGCAGUGUGCCCGCUGAGACUUUGCGGAAGGAACGCGAAGUCUUCAAGGCUGCUUAUUUCGAACAACUUGGGCCCAGGAAAGCCGGAGGCAUGGAUGAGAAGGUGAUACAGAAGGUGUUGGAUGGCAAAACUGCCAAAUUCUACCAGGACUCAGUUUUCGCCUGUCAGGAGCUUAUUGCGCCGCAGGUUGCCGGAGGCAAGUCCGACCAGAAAGCCCUACCUGUCUCUGAGUGGCUUGAGGCCGAGGCCCGCUCUCUGUCAGCAAGCCCAAUCCUCAUCGAGGACUUCAAGCUGGCUGUGUUGUGA